GUGUCAGCGUUACAACGAUUGACGUCGAUCCCGAAGGUAAGAUGAAAAUUGAGGACAUCGAGAAGGCGAUUCGAGUGCGCGAUGUCCACAUGCCAAACACGCGUCUGAUUUGCCUCGAAACCACCCACAACUAUUCGGGAGGGCGAGCUCUGCCCAUGGAAUAUAUCACAUCGGUUCGAGAACUGGCUUCAAAAUAUGGUCUAAUUCGUUCACACAUCGACGGAGAUCGCAUCUACAACGCUUCCUUAGCUCUGGGAUUUG